UUUUGAAUUUCUAAUUCAGUCGGUGGGGCGGCGGCCUUUGUCUUAGCUGGGGAAGGGAUUGGAAGGGGUUGGCCGAGGCGGCGGAGGGAACGGGGAGCUCCUCGCCGCUCGCCGGUGAUUAGCGGCAGGUCGGCCAGGCGAAGACGGCGCCCGGCGAGUCACCCCACAAGCGGGGUUUGUUCGCGGGAGGCGUGCUUCACAGGGAGGGCCGCAGGCAAGAGAGGUGUUGGUCUGGAGAGGAGCUCGGCCGUAGCUACCCCUUCGUGCUCGCCACCAGCAAGCGCCGUCGAUGGGUGAUGUAGUAUUCGCCGGAGCCGGUGGGGCGCAAGAGAUGAUUGUGGAUUUUUCCCAAAGAAGAUAAUGGAGAUAUGGGAACCAGCCUUGGAUCCGCGGAAGCAUUUCUCACAGGAUGAUAUCCAGAAUAUAAGGAUUCAAUAUAUGAAUCAACUAUUCUUUUGGAAGAAAAACACCGCAGACAAGAGGCUUGUCACUGAUUUCAACCUACAGGGUGAUUUCGUCGACAAUCCUGCAUGAUAGCUUUGGUUUCUCUAUGUAUUUUGGGCCUGUUGGACGUAUAUCAAGAGAAAGAGAGUUCGCCUACUUUUUUUCCGAUGUCUCACAAAGAACUUUUUUUUAACACCACAAAGAACAUUGUUAGUGGAGGGGGAUAGGGGGGAGUUUUGUCUUGGACGUACAAACACCUCACGCCCGUUGUAAAUGGGGGAGUUUUGUCUUGGAUGUGCAGACACCUCAUGCCUGUUGUAAAUGGGGAAGUUUUGUCUUGGAUCUACAGACAAGCCCUUUUUUGUGCCAUGCGCGUGCGUUGAACAGCGAUGACGGCAUGGUUGUUGCCGGAUAUGUCAAUUCUAUUUUUGUUUGUUCGCGUUAUAUUGACUUUUUUAGCAGUAGUGCUUUCUGAAUUUAGUGCUCAUGGAUCAUUGACUGUUUGGCUGGCCAGGGAGGAGCUAUGUUUUUCUUCAUAGCAUUUUUCUGUUUCUCCUGUUUUUUGUUCAACUUUUGCACGACGCCAUCUUUUUUUUGUUCUUUUGGUAACAUAGGCUCUUACAGGUUAAGCUACAAGCCAAGCAGUAACAAAAGCAAACAAAUUCUGCAUAUGCCCAUCAGUUUUCAAUCGCCCGUGCAAGCAUUUUUUGUUUUGGUUCAGCAUAGAUACCAACAAUUUUUUCUCUUCUUUUUUCAAGUUUUCCCAUUCAACAUUUCUCGAAAAAAAUUGUAAACCUUUCUGUCAAUCUUUUUUGCUUUAUCUUUUUUCUGAAGUUUAUACAAUGACUGAUAAAAUAGUAUCUUUUGUUACUUUUUUUUCAUUCUUGCAGGUACAAGCAAAGAAAAUCAGAGUUGCAGGUCAGGAGCUUUUUCAUUUUCAUCAUUUUCAUUUUGAAGCUGGAUAUUUUCUCGAGGAUGCUGCUGCAUUCUCUCACUGCUGCAGUUGCAAACCGACAUCAGUAGUUAAGUUCCUGGCGAUGAUGUCUUAGCUUUUCUUCCUCUCAACGUUCUGUUGCCCUGCAUAUAAGUUCCACAUCUUUUGUCCUUUUUUCCGAUUUUAUUUUAUUCUUUCCACCCUACCUCAAGUCUUGGUGUGUUGGUUGACGUGUCGGUGUUUUCCAAUACUUGAGCCACCCCUGUUUGUGGUAAAUGUACCAGAGCUUCACCCUCAUUACCUGCUUGACCGAUGUCACUAACAUACGAGCACGACUCCUGCCCCUGCACACGAGUUUGCACAAAGUUUAUCUCAUUUUUUCCCUUAGCAUGUGUUUUUUUUUUGUUUUUAAAAAUCAAUUUUAAAUGUUCCGCGCACCUGGGCAUUGAUGCUGUGAGAGCCUCUAUUUAGGUCAAUAUAACCCCGCAACAGCGCAACAUAAGAGAAGUUUGGCUUUUUCAUCAUCGUCAAUAUUUCUGUCGGUUUCCAGACGUAAUUUGCAAGGCAUAAAAAAUAAGCAAAAAAUAAGAAGCAUUUUUUUCAUCCAUUUUUUGCACCUGCAUGAAUAUAGUUUCUUGGCUUCCAAGGCAUUGAUCCUGGAUAUCCUCAUUCCCACUGUCAUUCACCUACAAAAUUCAGUCUCUUGUAAAUACAAUAUGAACUCAAAAACAAAUAUGUGAGCAACAAGCAUCAAGCAUGGAAAUUGCAGAUCAUGUCUCUUUUGAGUCUUCUUUCUUCAGUCUUUAGGAAGUGUUUGUUUCUUCAGUCUUUAGGAAGUGUUUGUUUCUUCAGUCUUCUUUUCUCUGCCUUCAGUCCUUCACUUUCCAGUGUUUCUUGAGUCAUCUUACUAUUCAACCACCAUUCUGUCUUGUUUAUUCAACCCUCUUUUCUCUCUAUCUCUAGUUCUUCAGUUUUCCGUCUCUUUAGAAUCUUUGUUUCAGUGUUUCUGUAGUCUAGUCUUCAGUUUUCAGUACCUUUAUAUAAUUUUGUUUCAGUCAUUAGUGUUUCUUUUAUUCUUUUAGUUUUCAUUACCUAUUAAUCUGACCUCAGCUCAAUCUCUUUAAUCAGUACUCGUGCUAGUAUUUCCUUAGUCUGUGAGCCUGCAUCAUUGUUCAGUCACACUAAAUUUUGUCAAUUUUCUAUAGUUAAUAAUUCAGUUAUCAGUUUCUUUUAAAUUUUUGUCAAUUGUGAUCCUUCCUCACCUAAGUUCUUCAGUUUGUUUCUUAGUCUAUGAGCUUGCAUCAUUGUUCAGUCUAUCAGUCUAUAAGUCCCUAGUGCUUACUCACUCUGUCAUUUUCCAGUAAGUCCCUGCUCAUUUUCUAGCUUUUUUCUGUACCUGUAGGGGUUGGUGUCAUUUUCUUCAGUUAUGUUACUAGUUUCAGUGUUGGGUGUCGUUUUCUUCAGUUUUGUGUGUUACCAGUUACCACAUAGGUAGGUUAGUUAGUAUUCAUUGUUCAUUCUUAAUUUAGUAUUCAUUGUUUCGAUCGUAAGCCCAACACAGCCUACAAGCACUAAGAUUUAGUUAUGCUUGUCUAGACGGUUUUCUUAUUUAUGAGUGUUCAGACCUUCAGUUGCUCCAGUCCAUGUUAAGUCUUCUCAAAUAAAGCUCUCAAUCAUAGUUUCUAGUUUGUCAAGAAAUCCCAGCUAGUUUAGCAAGUUUGUUCAUACAGUUUUCAGUUUAUCUGCAUUUUGUCAUUUCACUACUUUAGCCUCAUAUUUAUUUCUUCACGUCAUUUUUUCGAGAUCAGAUCCAUGCUGGAAAUGGGUCGAAUGGGGCGUCAGUGGUAUCGAAUCCCACCAUGAUCAGAUACAUGCUUUUGAAGCUCAGAGAUACAACUCUCAGAGCAAGAUAAUAUUUUAUGGAUCUGCGCCAACAAGCCUACCGACACCUGUGUCGCUUCCAACGGCUCUAGCAGCCAAGGAAUGGCCUGUUUUGCGGGGCCGGGAUUUAAGAUAGAGCUUCUAGAAGAUCGCUAUUCCAGUGAUCGGAGGCGAUGGUCAUAGCAAAGCACGUCCGGAGCUCCUCCACGCAGUGUCUUCCGUCGCCGGCUCAAGGUGGAAGUCGUAGCACCGGCGGAGGUGACCGUGACGGCGUGACGAUGCCCGUUCAAGGCUACUGAAGCACGGCAUGCAACAACCCCGCCGCAAACAAUGCCGAUCCACGGCUGAUCCAGUCAGAAAAAAACCCGCCCCGCCUAAAACCACCACCAAGAAGCUCCGCACCCGCACACGCGCGGGCCGCCGAGGCCAACCGUUUCGUGGGUGAUGCUGAUGCGUGGACGGACGGAGGGCAUGGCGCGCGCGCAUGUCGCUCCCUGCGCUCCCGCGCGGCCACAGCGCCAUCCCUUUAAACUCAACGCCUCCCUCCUAUUUUAGGACUAGCGGGAGCGCGAACUUGUGGCCCCUAGCUUCCACGCACCAUGUCCCUCCUCCACGUCCGGCUCGCCGCCGCGGCGAUCGCCGUCGUCGCGCUCGUGGCCGGCGGGGACGCCUACCAGCUCACCAAACCAGGCACCGUCAUCUCGUACGACCGCCGCUCGCUCAUGGUGGACGGACAGAGGGACAUCUUCUUCUCCGGCUCCAUCCACUAUCCACGCAGCCCUUUCCACGAGUGGCCCGACCUCAUCGCCAGGGCCAAGGAAGGCGGCCUCAACGUCAUCGAGUCCUACGUCUUCUGGAACGUCCAUGAACCCGAGAUGGGCGUGUACAACUUCGAGGGGAGGUACGACAUGAUCAAGUUCUUCAAGCUGAUCCAGGAGCAUGAGAUGUACGCCAUGGUCCGUAUCGGGCCCUUUGUCCAGGCGGAGUGGAACCAUGGAGGGCUGCCUUACUGGCUCCGGGAGGUCCCCGACAUCAUAUUCCGCACAGACAAUGAGCCUUUCAAGAAGCUCAUGCAGAAGUUUGUCACUCUCGUAGUGAACAAGCUCAAGGAGGCCAAGCUCUUCGCAUCACAAGGAGGCCCUAUCAUUCUAGCGCAGAUCGAGAAUGAGUACCAGCACAUGGAAGCGGCGUUCAAAGAAAACGGCACCAGGUACAUCGAAUGGGCAGCUAAGAUGGCCAUCAGCACCGACAUCGGGGUGCCAUGGAUCAUGUGCAAGCAGACUAAAGCUCCAGCGGACGUGAUUCCUACCUGCAACGGUAGGCACUGCGGAGAUACAUGGCCAGGUCCAGUUGACAAGAACAAACCCCUGUUAUGGACCGAGAACUGGACUGCUCAAUACAGAGUAUUCGGUGAUCCUCCGUCUCAGAGAUCUGCCGAGGACAUUGCGUUUGCCGUGGCGCGGUUCUUCUCGGUGGGGGGCAGCAUGGUGAACUACUACAUGUACCACGGAGGAACAAACUUUGGAAGAACGGGUGCCUCUUUCGUGAUGCCGAGAUACUACGACGAGGCGCCUCUGGACGAAUUCGGAAUGUUCAAAGAGCCCAAGUGGGGCCAUCUGAAGGACCUGCACCAUGCUUUGAGGUUGUGCAAGAACGCUCUCCUCUUUGGGACCCCCUCCACGCAGCCAUUGGGCAAACUCUACGAGGCGCGGGUGUUCGAGAUCCCGGAGCAGAAGGUGUGCGUGGCGUUCCUGUCCAACCACAACACCAAGGAGGACGGGACGGUGACGUUCCGCGGGCAGAAGUACUUCGUGCCCCGGCGGUCUGUCAGCAUCCUGGGCGACUGCAAGACGGUGGUGUUCAGCACGCAAUACGUGAACGCGCAGCACAACCAGCGCACCUUCCACUUCACGGACCAGACGGUGCAGAACAAUGUGUGGGAGAUGUACACGGAGGGGGACCAGGUGCCCACCUACAAGUUCAGCACCGACCGGAGCGAGAAGCCCCUCGAGGCCUACAACAUGACCAAGGACAAGACCGACUACCUCUGGUACACAACCAGCUUCCUGCUGGACCCUGAGGACCUGCCGUCCAGGCUAGACAUCAAGCCGGUGCUGGAGGCGAGCAGCCAUGGGCACGCCAUGGUGGCGUUCGUCAACAAGAAGUUAGUCGGCUGCGGCCAUGGCACAAAGAUGAACAAGGCCUUCAGCCUGGAGAAGCCCAUCGAUGUCAAGGUCGGCAUCAACCACAUCUCCAUCCUGUCCAGCACGCUGGGGUUGCAGGACAGCGGGUCCUACCUGGAGCGCCGGCAGGCCGGCGUGCACUCGGUCACCAUCCAGGGCCUCAACACGGGGACGCUGGACCUCACCAGCAACGGGUGGGGUCACAUCGUGGGCCUGGACGGCGAGCGCAAGCAGGCUUUCACGGAAAAGGGCGGCGAGGUGCAGUGGCAACCCGCGGUGUUCGACAAGCCGCUCACGUGGUACCGGCGGCGCUUCGACAUGCCCAGCGGGGAGGACCCCGUGGUGAUCGACAUGAACCCGAUGGGCAAGGGCAUCCUGUUCGUCAACGGCGAAGGGCUGGGGCGAUACUGGAGCUCGUACAAGCACGCGCUGGGGCGGCCGUCGCAGUACCUGUACCACGUGCCGCGGUGCUUCCUGAAGCCGACGGGGAACGUGCUGACCAUCUUCGAGGAGGAAGGCGGGCGGCCGGACGCCAUCAUGAUCCUGACGGUGAAGCGCGACAACAUCUGCAGCUUCAUCUCGGAGACCAACCCCGGGCACGUGCGGUCGUGGGAGACCAAGGACAGCCAGCUGACGAUGGUGGCGGACGACCUGAAGCCGCGGGCGGUGCUGACGUGCCCGGAGAAGAAGAUGAUCCAGCAGGUGGUGUUCGCCAGCUACGGGAACCCGCUGGGGAUCUGCGGCAACUACACGUUUGGCAACUGCCACACGCCCAAGGCCAAGGAGAUUGUGGAGAAGGCGUGCGUGGGGAAGAGGAGCUGCGUGCUGGCCGUGUCGCACGAGGUGUACGGCGGGGACCUCAACUGCCCGGGCACCACGGCCACGCUGGCCGUGCAGGCAAAGUGCUCCAAGAGGCAGAGGACCGCCGAGCAAUAAGUAACCUAAGCUCACAUAUGUACUGCUAUGUAGAUGAUCUCAUCACCUUGACCUUUUUGCCUUUUUCAUGCUUGUUGUUUGGGAUACAUGUUGUACUCAGGUUGUUGAUUCCUGUGAAUUGUUCUAGGAGUA